UGUUGAGCAUAAGGAAAAAAAUAAUCAACAUAAACUUCGAUUGAAUCCAAUAAUUCAUAAGAUUGUUCAAUAACUUCACCUAACAAAUAUUUUCUUUCUAAUGCAACUGAUGUUAGAACAACUUGUUCACCUUCAAAUCCGUCACUAAACAAAUAAAUAUCAAAGAUUUUCAUUGAGAAAUUAAUCAACUAUUUUCUUUUUUUUUUUUUUUUUUUUGUUUAGAUACAAAUUUAAUAAUUUAUUGUGGUCGUCGUUUAUUUUGUAAUCCAUCAUUUCGUUUUUUUAUUCAAACAGAAUUUGAUUCUCUUGAUAAAGUAUCUCCAUCAUUAUCAUUAAUGACAACAUCAAUUAAUUGUCAAUAUAGUGUUGAAACAUUAUUAGAUGAUUUAAGACAACAAGUUUUUCAACGUGUUCAACCUAAUUUUUAUAAAAGAAAAUUAUCAAUUUUACGUUUAAUAUUAAUUUGUCAACAAAGAAUAAAAUUAAUUGAUUCAUUUCUUAAAUUAAAUUCAAUUAGUUAA